CAAUAUCUUAUGAUGUAGUAGCGUCGCAAUUGCACACAACCCAAAUAUCGAGUCGCUUUGAAUAGUUGAAUUAAAUUUCAAAUUUCUCUUUCCAUUUGUUUUUCUUUUUCGAAAUUUAUCUCUCGUAUUCCAAAUCCAAGUUUACAUACUUGAAUCAAAUUCCUUGAAGGAGCAGUUGCACAGAUUUUCCGAGUUAAAAAGAUUCUCUACGAGUGGUGCACCACCACAUGAGGCCUUAUUGUGGCAGAACACCCAACUACUUUUCUUACGCCCCUUUUCUACCUCAACCAGAAAAGGUAUACUCUUGAGAGCCCAAGUUUUUCUUUUGCUGAACUUAAUUGUGGGAUUGGCUAGCAGAAGCAGGAAAUGGUGAAAAGGUAUGGAGUGUUUUCAAGCAUAUGAUAUAUCAUGUUCCAGUGUGUAGAGAGAUUCAUUACCUCCCUCCUGCGGUGUUUUGAUUUUGAUCUAUACAAAUCAAGAGGCCUUGAGGAUCCUGAGCUUCUUGCGAGGGAGACAGUCUUCAGUGUAAGUGAAAUAGAGGCAUUAUAUGAGCUCUUUAAGAAGAUCAGCAGUGCCGUGAUUGAUGAUGGGCUGAUCAAUAAGGAGGAGUUUCAAUUGGCGUUGUUCAAGACAAACAAAAAGGAGAGUUUGUUUGCUGACAGGGUGUUUGACUUGUUUGAUACAAAACACAAUGGGAUACUAGGUUUUGAAGAGUUUGCCCGUGCCCUCUCCGUAUUUCAUCCAAAUGCCCCAAUUGAGGAGAAGAUUGAGUUUUCUUUCCAACUUUAUGAUCUAAAGCAGCAAGGUUUUAUUGAAAGACAGGAGGUGAAGCAAAUGGUAGUAGCCACUCUUGCUGAAUCUGGUAUGAACCUUUCAGAUGAUGUUAUAGAAAGUAUAAUUGACAAGACCUUUGAGGAAGCUGAUACAAAACAUGACGGGAAGAUUGACAAGGAAGAGUGGAGAAGCCUUGUUUUACGCCAUCCUUCCCUUUUGAAGAAUAUGACACUUCAAUACCUCAAGGACAUCACCACUACAUUCCCAAGCUUUGUCUUCCACUCACAAGUCGACGAUACCUGAAUUCAAGACAUCUGUAUUCAAGCCCUAAUAGACUUUGGUUUUUAUGGUUUGUUUCUCCACAUAAAAUGUGGUCUUCUCAUAUGUGAAGGGCGGGGGAGAGAGUGUCUAUAUUGUAUUUAUUUGUUCGUUUGAUUAUCUUUGAUUGUUUACAUUUUAUUUAUAUUGAAUGCCUGGAUCAUCACUUUUCAAUAUUUAUAAUAUUUAAGGCCUCCUAGCAAUUUGUACCGA